UGUGUUAAUGUCUCCUCAGGUGUGUGUUAAUGUCUCCUCAGGUGUGUUUAUGUCUCCUCAGGUGUGUUAAUGUCUCAGGUGUGUGUUAAUGUCUCCUCAGGUGUGUUAAUGUCUCCUCAUGUGUGUUAAUGUCUCCUCAGGUGUGUGUUAAUGUCUCCUCAGGUGUGUUUAUGUCUCCUCAGGUGACCUUCUGUCUGUAACACCCCCCCCCCCCAGGUGUGACCAUGCCCUGGCUUGUCUCCUCUCAGCUGGACUUCCUGUCCUCGUCUCCGUCUCAGCGUGAAUGUGAACGGACGUCCUUCUCGUUCUACUGCUCGGUGCGGGACCUGCUGCCGGUGUGGCUGCUGGAGGAGCAACGCAGCAUGGAGACGUUCAGCUGGGAGGACGGGCCUCGAGGCUUCCUCCCUGCAGAGGCUCUGCUGUACGCUGUGGUUCACGACCACCAGGACUACGCCUCCUUUUUGCUGCAUCACUUCUCCGUCAGCGCGCUCAGAGCGCCGCCCUGCAGCUUCUGCUGCUGCAGCGGGGGGGCGCCGCACCUGAGCGUGGCCGUGCGCUACGACCGGCUGCACAUCCUGGCUCUGAUGCUGGAAGCUCUGAAGGACUGCAGCGAGAGGCGGGACUUCCUGGACGGCUGCGCCGGCUGCUCGCAUUCUGCGGACGCAGGGAAGAGUGCGGUGCAGCUGGCGGUGGAGCUGUCUCGCUCCGACUGCCUGCUGCUGCUGCUGAGUCACGGUGCUGCGCCCGCAGGCCUGGAGGCCGCGCUGCAGCGCCUCAGCAGCGCCUCAGAGCUCAGCUCCUGCGAAGCCUCAGAGCUCAGGCAGGCGCAGCGCUGCAUGGACUUCCUGCUGCUCUUCCUCCCCUCGCCCCCCCCGCUCUGCUGCCUUCAGGACGAGCCGCAGCGCUGGCAAUGCCUUCUGGGAAACGAAGUCUUCAGGUGGCUGUCUGGCCUGGCUCCGCCCCCCCUCUUGCUGCAGGCCCUCAGGUGUUUGGCCCGGUCCGGCCCGGGUCAGAUCAGCGCGCUGCCUGACUUCCUGCAGCGGCACAGCUGGCAGUGAGGUCAUCGUCACCAUGGAAACGGUGUGCUUAUGAUGUAAAUAAAUGUAAAUAAAGACUGAAACACGGAAGGAUACCCGGCGGGCUUCAGGACCCUGAGGAGACUGAAUGAUUGGCUCUUCCCUCUGAUGGACCGUUAGAUGGAGACAUCUAUAUUAAAGGACACCUAUCAUGCUAUAUUUGAACAAUAUAUUGUAGGGCCAUACCUAUAUAAAGUAUAUAAAUAUAGUUUUAUUUUCAAAAUACCAAACAGAUCCUGCAUUUUAGCCAUGCCUCAUUUCGCUCCAUUUU